GUCGAAAACGUCCAAACAACACCUUACAAAUGAGCAAAAGGAGAAAUUGAUUGAAUUUCUGCGAGAACACCCGCAAACUCACCAGGGAAAAUUCACGCCGGCAUAUACCAGUGCCCAGUCCAAGGCGUUAUGGACUGAAAUGACAAACACAUUAAAUGCGUUGCCUAAUAGAGUUAGUAAAGACUGGGUGCAAUGGCGAAAAUCGAGACUAGCACACAGGAAAAAAGAUCAGUCUGAUACAGGGGGCGGUCCACCUCCAAGGCAUUUUGAUUAUGUCGAAGACAAGAUUAUGGAACCAAUUACUCCAGUUUGUGUCACUGGAAAUGAGAAUGUUCCAGACCCAUUUGUGUUGGAAGAAAUGCCUCAUAGGCUGGAUUAUGAUUACUGUGGUAAUUUGGAAGAAGACACAGAUAUGGCAAUUGAAGUUGGACAGGCUGAUGUUGCAAACACAGAAUUAAAUGACAUAAAUGCUUCCCAAGCUACAAAUUUAGAAUCCUUAAAUCCUGUUUUAAAUACUGACACAAGUGUCAAAAGACCACAUAAGAGAGUUAACAAAACAAUAUGCUUAACAGAAUCUAUAAAGAAUAAUAAAAGAUUUUUACAGCUACCCAUGGAGUCAAUGAAAAGUAUAAAAAAUUAUCAGACUGAAAAGCUUAAAAUAUUGAAAUCGUAUUAUGAACAAAAGAUAAAAAAUGAAAAUAGGAAAGCCACAACACUAGAAGAUAUUUCUAAUAGUAUUAAUAAAGCAUGUGAAUAUAUGAAUUAA